AUGGCCGCACCGCUGCGAUCUGUGCACGCCACCUCGGGGCAGAGCACAGCACCUCGACUCGCCGCAGCACCUGCCCGCGCUCCAUCCUUGACCUCUGCACGCGCCAUCGCACCCGCUCAAUCGCUGCCAGCCUUGUGCUUUGCUUCGCCUGCCUCGGCUGCGGUUGCGAGCACGAGCACGAGCACGAGCACGAGCACGUACACUGGAACAAGGCCGCGCAUCCACAGCGAUGCGCAGCUGGCUCAUUGGAUGGGCAACAGCGCAGCGCAUCGCCUCUUGGUGCUGCUGGUGGAGCGACUGUGCGAAGCUGCUGUCGGCUGUGCCACCAUGGCUUGCACCAGCCAUGCAGCGCCGACCAAUGCUGGCAUUGCAUUCGUGAUGGAUGUGCUGCAGGAGCUGGACAAGUGGACCGCAGAGAUUCAGCCUCACACUGGCUCGCAGAGGUUUGGCAAUCUGGCAUUCAGGCAGUGGGGUGCCAGGCUGCAGCAGGUGAGCACCCAAGCUCUGUCGCCUCAUUCACCCGUCACCCGUCACGCCACUUUGACUCACUCAUGACUCGUGACGCACUCACUCAUGACGCACUCACGUGACGUGACUCCUCUGCUAUCACUCGCGACACUCAAACUCGCAGCGCGUGGAUGAUCUCCACAAAGGACUGCCUGAGCGCAUACAUGCGCACAUUCCCGAUCUGUGCGGCUACCUGCUCGGCUCCUUCGGCUCCUGGGUGCGCAUCGACUACGGAUCAGGUCAUGAGCUGGCUUUUCUCGCUUGGCUCCUCGCUCUCAUCCAGCUGGGCCUGUUUGGAGACGUGCAAGGAGAUGAUGCUGAGCCGGUCAAGCCUGCAGAGGGCGCACGCGGACAGGUGCCCAUGGAGGUGGAUGCGGAUGCGGAUGCGGAUGCGAUCGGGCCAUUGCUUGCGCCGCAAGGCUACGAGAGGGAGCUGGCUACGCGCGUGCUGCCCGCUUAUCUGCGCACCGUCUGGUCUUUGCAAGAUCGAUAUGGUUUGGAGCCGGCUGGCAGUCACGGCGUAUGGGGCCUCGUGAGUGCUCAAGUGUCGCCAGUGUCGCGAGCCGCUAGCUUCAGCGCUCAUCUGGUGGCCUCGCGCACGCAGGACGACUAUCACUUCGUGCCUUACAUUAUCGGAGCAGCUCAAUUGCGGCGUCAGUAGCCAUGGGCGUCGUUGCUCGCUCGCUCGCUCGCGAUCGCGGUGUGCCGCUUACACGCGCGACUAUUCGCUCUCUUGCCCCGCUCGCAGUGCAAAGCGAGUAUAGACCGCAAGAGAUUGCUGCGUCGUCUCACAAGCCGGCGGCGGGAUCAUUUCCUUGCGCUCUGCUAGCGUUUCGAGGCACAGCACCGCUGCCCAACCUCUUCACCUCGUCCAUCGCCCGCAUCCACGUCCAGAAGCGCGGUCCAUUUCGAGAGCACUCGCCGCUGCUCGAAAACAUCUCGGCCACGGUGCCUAAUUGGGUCAAGCUGCAUCAAGGCAUGAUCAAGAUGUGGAAAGCAGAAUGUCUCGCAAAGCUUCCUGUGGUGCAGCACCUGCCCUUUGGCACCGUCGGUCUGGUGUGGGACGGCGGGGAAAAUUGCAAAAAGGUCGGCGUCGUCGGCGCGACCACGCGCAUCGAUUCGACCAACUUGUUGCCUGCUCGUGGCGGUGCUACCACGGCGGCGACGGUUCCGACGGGCGCUCCUUGGGCAAAAGCUACAGCGUCUGCUUCGGGCGCUCCUCGAGCUCACGCUCCAGCGCCUGCUUCGGGCGCUCCUCGAGCUCACGCUCCACCGUCUGCUUCUCGGGCUCAGGGCAGCACGUAUUCUGUGAGCGGGCCAGGCGCUCGUAUAGCAAAGCAGGAGCAGAAAGUAAGCGAGCGUCAAUAG